AUGGCACCGGCCCUACCCCCACCAGCACACCAGCAAGCCACAACGAGCACCCCCGCAACACCCAAGCGGGUCAGCGUCUUCUCGGCCAACUACAAUGUCCCUCCCAAUCCAGUCGGCUGGUCGAUCUCCAAGACGAACCGAUACCAGAGUCCAUCCAAGAAGAGGCAGUUGGUAUUCGGAAGCCCACCCGUUGCCCGGACACCCUCCCGCAUGGCCCUUCCGACCGUACCAGCAACGCCCAGAGCGGACAUCCUCAAACAGCUGCCUGAACCAAUCCCAAUACCAGAGGUGAGAGUGGGAUAUGACCCCGACCUGAGAAAUGUCCUGUCCAAUCACGAAGAAUCACUCAGCAAAUUGCUCGAUCGAUACUCAAGACUCAAGCUAGAUCUCUCCCACCAACUCAACGUCGAACUAGCAGAAUCAGAACAUCAACGAACAAACGCGAAAUGCGAGCUGGCCGUCAUCCAGAAACAACUCUCAGAAACGGUCGAGUACAACGAGAAACUGAAGAACGAGCUGGUCGCCGCAAGGAAUCGGCUCAAGAAGCUCACCGACGAUCGGCGCGAAAUGGACCUCAAGUUGGGCGAACUUAAUCACGUCUUCGCGGUCACAAAGGAGAAAUUCGCCGGAUUGGAUGCGAAAAAAACUCAAGAAAAAGUCCAGCUCGGGCUCGUCAUUCAAGACACUAAGAAAGAGGUCGAGCUGUUGGAGGAGAUCACGGGGCUGACUAUUCUGAUCAUGGGACCUGAUAGGCUGAGAUUCAAUUUCAAGCUAAUCGAUAUGAACGCGUAUGACAGAGUGUUUUUCGUCGAACUCGAUCUUGCCGAGUUUGAUUACAGGAUCGUGUCGAUUGACCCGCCUUGCACCGAGAUGAAUUCCAUCCUCAAAAAACUAAACCAGACGAGAAAUUUCAAUCGAUUCCUGUGCGAUGUCAGGCAGGCUUUCAAGAAAUCCAUGAAGCCUUGA